AUGUCAGUCAUCAAGUUAUCACCAGCUGCGGCUACAAUGCCCGCGGCGGAACCCCAUACAGCGAAAGCCGCGACUGAACCUGUCCAAAAGCUUGGAAUGAGAGUCAAUGGCAAGAACUGGCACGCUCCCAAAAAGCCUUUCCGCCCGACGGCCGGCCAGACGAGCUAUGCCAAACGAAAAGAACGAGAGAUCCUCAAACAAGCCACCAAGGCUCGCGAACAAGAAAUGAAAGAAGAAAAAGAGGCCGAGCGAAACCGACGUGUCCAGGCAAUCAAGGACAGGCGGAAAGCCAAAGAGGAGAAGGAGCGCUAUGAGAAGAUGGCGGAGAAAAUGCACAAGAAAUCGGUCGAGAGGAGGAAGCGAAGAGAAAAGAGGAAUAAGCUGCUGAAAAGUUGA